UCUAAUGAGAUAGAGCACCAUUAAAAGAAUGGAAGUUGUCAACAAUGAAACCCUAUUUGCUACUCGUUUUUAUUUUUUGGCCGGUAUUUUGCCAAAGUGCGAUAAGGAUUCCUCUCAAAAAAUUUCCAACAGAACACAACCGCAUUUCUUCAUAUAAAGAACAUAGUAAAUGGAAACGAGAAGAGCCUGGAAAGAACAAAUUGGUGCAUAUUUAUGAUCCUGCAACAUAUGGGUUAGUCGGCGUUGGUACACCGAUACAAUUUAUCCCCAUACUGUUUGAUACAUUUUCAAACGAAAUUUGGUUGUUCAAUAAUGAAUGUACUUCAGAAAUAUGCCUCAUUACCAAACCGUACAACCCUUCGAGUUCAAAUACAAGCAAAAUCUGGAGGAUUGAAUAUAAACAAAGUUACAAAAACCUUAAUAUGUAUGGACAGUACACCGUUGACACAUUCCUUCUGGGAGAUUUUAUAUUAGAUAAAUUAGAAUUCGUAAAUAUCCGACGUAUCGAAUGGAAAGGCACAGUGGAAAGAUUAAGCUUGGAAACUUUUGCUGGCCAAAUAACACUUAGAUUUCCCGCAAAAACUAGAGGUACUGACUUUAUGGCAAAAUUGUUCUCACGCGAUCUCAUUGAGGGAAAGUCUUUUGGACUAAGACUACCAAGUUUCAAUGAUGGAGAUGGGCGAGGUGAACUUAUUAUAGGAGAUUGGGAUCGUCAGUACGUGAACGAAAGUUUAAUUGAUUGGAUUAAAGUGAUAUCAGAUUCUUACUGGGAGAUUAUCGCUGAUAAAUUGGUAUAUGGUAGUUACGGCCUUGCGGAACAAGCCGAUAUGGUCGUCGACACUGGAUUGUCGAUUAUAGUUGGACCGCAAGUUAUCGUUAAUAAUUUGUUUAAAUCCAUUGGUAAUUCUGUAAAUAUCAUACCAAUAACGAUCACAUCGUUUUUGUCAGAUUACGAUGGCUAUGCGGCGAAAUGUUCUGAAUCUCUUUCAAAUUUCGAUUUCCUCAUAAAUGAUAGGCAUUACGUACUAAUGCCGAAGGACUAUCUACUACCGAUAGAAGGAAAGGAAGGUUGGUGCGCAUUUGGUAUAGCAAUGGCGAAUAACAAUUACACGAGAAGCUGGAGAUUAGGAGAUGUAUUUUUGUCCAAAUAUUAUACCGUGUGUGAUGGAAAUCUUUCCCGCUUGUCUUUCAAUGAUUAUUUGGCACGUAACAAUCAAACGCGUUUUUCUGCAGGAAAUUUUGUUUCGUUAUUAGAAAUAUAACAUUAUAACAUUUUGCAA